AUGGAGUUUCACCUUUGUAAUGUUAGAUUGGUUCAAGUUAAAACUGCUUUAUCAGCAACUAUAUCUACCUUACAAGGUUCAGUUAAGAAUUUACAAAAUUCUGAAUGGGAAGUAGUUGAAGGCUGUGUUAAUCUUUUCAGGCCACUUGAAAAUUUAACUACAAUCUUAUCGGGAGAGAAAUAUCCAACAUUGUCUUCAGUGAUUCCUUUGAUUCGGAAUGUUCAAUUUGCAUUAUUAAAGAAGACCAUAAGUACAAGCGUCGGCCAAGAUCAUAUGACAUCUUUAAUGGAAACUAUUGAUAGACGCCUGGGUGUUUUAGAAACAAACAAAACUGUAGCCAAAUCUACCUUCUUGGAUCCGAGAUUCAAGAAAAUUGGGUUUGGCUCAGAAACUAAUGCAGAAAAGGCUUCGCAAUGGAUUAUUGACGAGAUAGAAACAACUAAAACAAGAACAGAUGAGACAAGUACAGAAUUACAGUGUUCAACAUCAACUAGCCAAAAUCCUCAACAAGAAAAUAAUAAUAAAAACGAUUUAUGGGAGUAUUUUGAUACAAAAAUUUCGGAACGUACUUCAAGACAUACACCAUUAGCUUCAGCAAUCAUUACGAUGAAACAAUAUAAUGAUGAACAAUACUUGGACAGGAAAGGUGAUCCCAUUGCUUAUUGGGAGAAAAGAAAAUUGAUUAUGCCGGUGUUGUAUAAAUAUGGACCUGAAGCUAGCGGCCGACUAGCAGCCGGCCACUUGACGAAU